AUGAAUUAUAGCGCAUUUUUGGUGGGCCAUGAUGAAGGUCUUUUUCGACAGGACGAAAGUAUAAAUCGUUUUGUGGCCAAGGCUUUGAGAUUUUUAAUUCAAAAUGUUUUUGAAACUCUUACCUCAACGUAUGCGGUGUUUAUAGCCUCGCGAGAUCAGCCCACCUUGCAUUGGAUGAACUACAUCAUGAUGGAGUUGUUCAGCAUUACAACGGCAAUGACCGUUCAAAUUGUGCAAAUAAAUGCAGGACAAAAAGUGAAGUUUGAAGUAAGUGGAAGAAAAUAUUGUAACAUUCUGUUGGUGCAAUCCUAUCGGGACUUGUUGGACAUUGGUUUGGAAUCGAUCAACUCCGCCUACGAUGGCAUGGAAUACUAUUUAAUAUUUCUCCAAGCUAGAGAUGCAAUGAUUCCUAGAGAGAUGCAGCUCAUACUUCAAUAUUGUUUAGAUAACUAUUGGCUACACUGCAAUGUUAUGAUACAAACUGCCAAGGGUGAAGUACUGAUGUACACCUAUUUUCCCUAUACCGCGCAAGAUUGUUAUAAAGCUAAACCCCAAUUUAUUGAUUACUUUGAUGGUGAACGAUUUCAAAAUGCCCCAUUGUUUCCCGAUAAGUUGAACAAUUUACACAAAUGCCAAUUGACUGCCAGUACUUGGCCCCAACCGCCAUAUGUUGCGAUGACAUAUUUAGAUGAUGGCAAUUUGCAUUAUUCCGGCAUGGAUAUCAACUUAUUGUAUGGUCUAAGUGCGCAUAUGAAUUUUAGUUUAAAAUUCGAAUAUAAGGAUGACGAGCGCAUAAAAUUUGUGAUAAGAGAUCGUCAGGUUAAUAUGAGCAUGUCGUAUACUAGACGUUCAUUGGAACUGGAUCGUAUUGGAUCUAGUACUGUAACAGUUUAUCAUACCACCCUCGUAGCGGUAGUCAUUCAAAAUCCUUAUCCGCUGUCAUCUCUAAAAACUCUUGUGUUUCCUUUCGAUACUACAGUAUGGAUAUGCCUGCUAUGUUCUCUGCUCAUGACGAUUGCAAUUAACCAAACGCAACGUCACACAAAUCCCUUCACAAAUCUCAAUUUCGCUGAAAUACUUUUGGGUCUCAGUACCCUUUACAGACCACAACUCAAAUGGCAUUCGCUCUCGGUGCUAACCUGGUUAUGGAGCUCCCUUCUCUUACGUUCUCUCUAUCAAUCGAUGAUAUUCUUUUUGUAUAAUUUCGAUAUAUUUGAAAAUUUACCCAAAUCCCUUGAUACAUUGACAAAGCAGGGGUUUACCUUAAUUAGCUCUCGCAAAACAAUGACGUUUGUCCGGAAAAUACCACAAGUUGAGGAGAAUAUGCUACGCACCAUUGUUCUGAAUUCCACCAAUGAAAUGUAUCAACUUUUCUAUUUGGAUAAAAUAUCAGAGGGAAAUUAUGCCGCAAUUGUGGACAAAGAAAUUGCACGAUUUUUCAUUGACAACAUGGCACCGAAAAAUAAUUUGAAAAUUCUACCAUUCACCGUCAACAGUAUCCAGACAACAAUUUACUUACCAAAACAUUCAUUUCUGAUCGAAGCCAUAAAUGCUAAUAUUUUACGUUUCUUUGCGGCAGGAUUUCAGGUGGUUUGGAAGUUACACAACCGAAGUUUGGAAAAUCCUAAUAACGAAGAUUCUCAGCGAACUAUUUCCGAAAUGUCCUUAAUGCAUGUGAUCAGUGUGCUGGAAAUGACUGCAAUCCUGUACUUUCUUUCAUUUGCUUCUAGUGACAUUAUUCACAAGCAAUCGACGAAGCUUCUGAAUCUUACGCUGCCAAGUGCCUGA